AAACUUGCAGCUGCUCACUUUUCAGACUAUGCUCUUGUUUGGUGGAAUAAGUUUGCAAAAGAGAGAUUGAGAAAUGAGGAGCCAGCGGUGGAAACAUGGGCUGAAAUGAAACGAAUCAUGAGGAAAAGAUAUGUCCCUUCAAGCCAUGCUAGGGAUGUAAAAUUUAAACUUCAAAAACUUACCCAAGGCAGCAAGAGUGUUGAGGAGUAUUACAAAGAACUUGAGGUGCUUAUGUUGCAAGCCAAUCUUGAGGAGGAUGAAGAGGUAACCAUGAUUCGAUUUAUUAAUGGUCUAUCUAAUGAUGUUAGAGAUAUUGUAGAACUUCAGGAAUAUGUAGACAUGGAAGAAUUGCUGCACAAGGCCACUAAAGUUGAGCAACAACUCAAAAGGAAAGGGCUUGCAAGGAAGAGUUCUACCAAUUCCAAUUCAUCUUGGAGAGACAGAAUGAAGAAUGAAGGGCCGAGCACCCUUAGCAAACCAGCCACCAAACCACAAGCUUCAGCUUCUUCAAAACCUCUUGAACAACCAUCCAAAAAGAGCAAAGAGGUCAAGUGCUUCAAAUGCCAAGGUAUGGGACAUUAUGCUUAUGAAUGUGCCUCCAAAAAGACCAUGAUUCUUAAGGAUGAUGGAGACUACACCAGUGAGUCCGAAGGAGAACAAAGUGAAGAAGAAGAGGAGGCAGCCAUGAAUGGUGAACUGUUGAUGAUCCGGAGAAUGCUUGGUAGCCAACAAAAGCCAAAGAAAGAAAGCCAAAGAGAGAAUAUCUUUCACACAAGAUGUUCUGUCAAUGGGCAGAUUUGCUUGAUGAUUGUUGAUGGCGGGAGCUGUACUAAUGUGGCUAGUGAAAGAAUGGUGGAGAAGCUGAACCUGGUCACAAAACCACAUCCUUGGCCAUACAAACUUCAAUGGCUCAGCCACUAUGGAGAAAUACAAGUAAGUAAGCAAGUUGAAGUUGACUUUUCCAUUGGCAAAUACAGGGAUAAGGUUCUUUGUGAUGUUGUUCCCAUGGAGGCUAGUCACAUACUGCUGGGAAGACCAUGGCAAUAUGACACCAAGGAUUAUGAGGAUGUGUUUCCAACAAGUGUUCCAAGUGGUCUACCACCACUGAGAGGAAUUGAGCAUCAAAUUGAUCUCAUUCCGGGAGCUUCUUUGCCUAAUAGGCCAGCAUAUAGAAGCAACCCACAAGAAACCACUGAAAUUCAAAGACAAGUGGAAGAACUCUUGAACAAAGGGUGGGUAAGAAAUAGCAUGAGUCCUUGUGCUGUACCGGUGAUUUUGGUACCAAAGAAAGAUGGGACUUGGAGAUUUGUUGUGAGUUCGAAAGGAGUGCAGGUUGAUGAGGAAAAGAUCAAAGCCAUUCAAGAGUGGCCCUCUCCUAAAUCCGUGGGUGAUGUAAGAAGUUUUCAUGGCUUGGCCAGUUUCUACAGGAGGUUUGUAAAGGACUUUAGUACCUUGGCAGCACCCCUAAAUGAAGUGGUGAAAAAGAAUGUGGGUUUUCAUUGGGAAAAGAAUCAAGAAGAGGCCUUUGCUGCCCUAAAGCAUAAGCUUACCCAUGCACCUAUACUUGCUUUACCUAACUUUGCUAAAUCUUUUGAACUUGAAUGUGAUGCUUCAAAUGUAGGUAUUGGAGCUGUGUUGCUUCAAGAAGGCCACCCAAUUGCUUAUUUUAGUGAAAAGUUAAGCGGAGCUGCCCUUAACUAUUCUACUUAUGAUAAGGAAUUGUAUGCUUUGGUGAGAGCUUUGAAGACCUGGCAGCAUUAUCUUUUGCCCAAGGAAUUCGUGAUUCAUAGUGAUCAUGAGUCGCUGAAAUACUUGAAGGGGCAAGGUAAGUUGAACAAAAGGCAUGCCAAAUGGGUUGAAUUUUUGGAACAAUUUCCCUAUGUCAUAAAACACAAAAAGGGGAAAAGUAACAUUGUGGCUGAUGCUUUAUCCAGGAGACACGUGCACAAUGGAUUUUUAUUUAAGGAAAACAGGUUGUGUGUGCCUAAAAGUUCCAUUAGAGAACUGCUUGUUAAAGAAUCCCAUGCUGGGGGACUAAUGGGUCAUUUUGGAGUCCAAAAGACUCUAGAAACUUUACAGGAACAUUUCUAUUGGCCCAAAAUGAAACAUGAUGUGAUCAAGUUUUGUGAACAUUGCAUUGUUUGCAAGAAGGCUAAGUCUAAGGUGAUGCCACAUGGUUUGUAUACUUCUUUGCCAAUCCCUGAAUACCCUUGGGUUGACUUGUCUAUGGACUUUGUUUUAGGCCUCCCUAGAACAAAGAAUGGUAAGGAUUCCAUUUUUGUGGUUGUUGAUAGGUUUUCAAAAAUGGCUCACUUUAUUCCUUGCAGGAAAGCUGAUGAUGCUUGUCACGUUGCUGAUUUGUUCUUUAAAGAAGUUGUAAGACUUCAUGGGAUGCCUAGAAGCAUAGUUAGUGAUAGGGACACCAAGUUCCUAAGUCACUUCUGGAGGACUUUAUGGGGGAAGUUAGGCACCAAACUUUUGUUCUCUACCACUUGCCACCCACAAACUGAUGGGCAAACUGAGGUGGUUAAUAGGACCCUAGGCACCUUGCUUAGGACUGUCCUUAAGGCCAAUUUAAAGGCUUGGGAGGCGUGUUUGCCUCAUGUUGAAUUUGCUUACAAUAGGGCUGUCCAUAGCACUACCAAUUGCUCUCCAUUUGAAGUAGUGUAUGGAUUUAACCCUUUGACUCCUCUUGAUUUGUUGCCUAUGCCUAACAUUUCGGUGCACAUGAGGAAGGAAAGGUUUCCAGAACAAAGGAAAUCCAAACUCCAACCUAGAGGGGAUGGACCUUUUCAAGUGCUUGAGAGAAUCAAUAACAAUGCCUACAAAAUAGCGCUUCCAGAUGGCGGAGAAUUUGAUUUGAGGUCAAAUCCUUUUCAAGAGGGAGGGAAUGAUGAGGACAAGGACAAGGACAAGGGUCAUGGAGCCCUAAAAGGACUUGGAGGACCAAUGACAAGGGCUAGAGCUAAAAAGGCCAAAGAGACUCUUCAGCAAGUAGUGGCAACCAUUCUUGAAGACAAAGUGGUAGAAGAGAUGGAACCAAAAAUCAUGAUGAUCAUUCAGGCCCAAGAAGAAGAGCCAGGGGAAGGGGUUUUGCCUUGA